CGGUUUUUGUUUCAUUAUUUUGGAUCCAUUUAUUUUUUUAUGAUUCAAGUUGUAAUUCCAAUCAAAGGUCUUUAUUGUGGCUUAACCUUGUGCAUUUGGAUUUAUAUCCGGUGAAUCAUUUUUUUUCAGUGUUUUUUUUCGAAUGUUUUGGCUUUUUUUCUUUGUCAACCAAAAUCUUGUCUUCACCAAUAAUAAUGUAGAGUAGUAGAUAUUGAAAUCAAAAACAAAAUCAGUGUAAAACAAUGUCUUCAUUGAAUUUAGGAAUAUCGUCAACAACCACAACUAUAGCUACAAACAUUAAUACAACAACAAAAGAACAACAAUUAUUGUUUCGCAAUAACAACAACAACAACAAUAUGAAUAUUUUACAAGCGGCAGCAGUAGCGGCUGCUUCUUCUGCCGCUACUGCUAUUUCAAAUACAAAUAAUUCACAGAAUAAUGGCAAUGGAGGACAACAACCACAAUCCCAGCAGCAACAACAACAACAACAAACCCAAUUAAAUCAAAUGAAUAAUUUUGAUUUUUCACCAAUGAUUUUUCGUUCAAUGUCUGAUGCAUCAGCUAUACGUCGUAAUCAACAACAGCAGCAGCAACAGCAUCAGCAACAACAACAAUCAAUGAAUCAAUCAUCGUUAUAUAAUAAUAAUUAUCGUCAACAACAACAACAACAGUUGAAUAGUUUAUAUGGAACAUCAUGGUCUAAUAAUAAUAAUACAAAUGAUCAGCCAUAUCCAGAUUUGAUGACAAUAAUUAGUCCAGGAUCAUCAUCAUCAUCAUUAUUUACAACAACUGGAUCACGUAUGAUUUCAUUG